AAGUGACUUUUUUUUCCCAAAGAGCAAUAAUUCCAGCAUAUGGCUGUACAGUGCACUGUGAUGAAAUGGGCUGUGACACCAUAGUAACCCUGUAGUGAGCAUAUCAGCCUCCUGGUAAACGCUACUUGUGUAAUUCCUCGCUGAGUCUGCACUGUGAGAUAACGCUGAUAAGAUGUGUCCUCUCCUCUGAUAUACAGUAUGUGAGAUGAUAGAAGGCAGUGGCUUUUCCUGGCUGUAUACAGAGCUGUUGUGCAGCUGAGCGAUGGAGAUACCCCGGCCAGCAGCAGUCCUGAAGGAGGCCGUCACCCACCAAGCCCAGGCUCUCCGCACCCUGAUCCUGCUGAUGGACGAGAGGGGUAUUCGGUGCGAUGCCUUACACCUGCACUUGGUGGGCAGCAGCAGCCUGCAGCAGCUGGGAUCAGCGCAGUCCGGGCGCCCGGGUGCAGGAACAGUCUCUUCUACACCGCUCACACUGUCGCAGAAAGCGUCCAGGAAUCGCAUGUCCAGAGUCGCACGUUGUUGUCUAGAUCUACUAGCGGUGGAGGAUAACAUAGUGGUCCAUUUACCUUUGGGCCAUCAGUUACCCAUUCACCUCAAAGACAGCAUAGAAUUCAGAAACAUCUGCACCCACAUGGCUCUUCAGACAGAUGACAGGAGGUUUGAUCAAGAUCUGAAUUCAGCGCAGGAAUGUCUAAUCACCAUCAUCAACAAUAUGAACUGGGAUGUAGCUGCUAAUUCUUGUGAUUUCUGUGAGACGGUCCGAGAGCAGCUGAAACAGAUAUUACAGGAACUCCAUGAGCGUUAAAAGACUGUAUUAAAUUAUUUAUAACUAUUUAAGGCUUAUUUCAGUGUUACAUUUUACUCAUAUUUUAAUUUAUAAAAUGUCAUAAUAUUUAAAUGUGUUCAAUUCA